AUGGGUGUUCCCAAAUUCUUCAGAUGGCUCUCGGAGCGCUAUCCAGCCAUCUCUCAGCUCAUUGCCGAGAACCGCAUUCCCGAGUUCGACUGUCUCUAUCUGGAUAUGAAUGGUAUUAUCCAUAAUUGUACACACAAGGAUUCGGGCGAGGAUACGACAUUCCGUCUUACUGAGGAGGAGAUGUUUAUACGCAUCUUCAAUUACAUUGAGCAUUUGUUUGGAAAGAUCAAGCCGAAGCAGCUCUUCUUCAUGGCCAUUGACGGUGUUGCACCGAGAGCCAAGAUGAAUCAACAGCGCGCUAGACGUUUUCGAACCGCCCUCGAUAACGAAAAAGCCCGUGACAAGGCAAUCGCUGAGGGUGUCGAGAUGCCCAAGGAGCCUCCUUUCGACAGUAACUGUAUCACGCCUGGUACCGAGUUCAUGGCCAAGCUGACGCAGCAGCUCAAGUACUUCGUCAACAAGAAGGUUUCCGAGGACGCCGACUGGCAGGGCUGCGAGAUUGUCCUGUCUGGCCAUGAGACCCCAGGUGAGGGCGAGCACAAGAUCAUGGAGUACAUCAGGAACGCCAAGGCGCAGCCUGACUACGACCCCAACGUCCGCCACUGCUUGUACGGUCUCGAUGCCGAUCUCAUCAUGCUGGGUCUACUCAGUCACGACCCUCACUUCUGUCUUCUUCGAGAGGAGGUCACCUUUGGCCGAGCAAGUAAGGCCAAGAGCAAGGAACUGGAGCACCAGAACUUCUACCUGCUGCAUCUUUGCAUAGUUCGAGAAUAUCUGGAGUUGGAGUUCCAGGAGCUCAAGGAGCCUGGUCGGCUGAGCUUCCCCUUCGAUUUGGAACGAGUCAUUGAUGACUUCAUCCUCAUGGCUUUCUUUGUUGGAAACGAUUUCCUGCCUAACCUGCCCCGCCUCCACAUUAACGAAGGUGCCCUUGCGGCCAUGUUCCGCAUCUACAAGUCUGUGCUCCCUCAGGGACAAGGCUACAUCAACGAGGGCGGUGUCAUCAAGCUUGACCGUCUUCAAAUCCUCUUGAAUGAGCUUGCCAAGGACGAAACCAACCAAUUCGAGGACGAUGUCAGCGACGAGAAAUGGUAUCAGUCCAAGAAGCUCUCUGAAACCAAUGGUGGCGAUAGCCGCAAGCCAAAGGGCAAGGGACUCGUUCUGAGCUCUUCCCAGAGAGACCUGUGGAAGCAGCAAAUCAGGCCCUAUGUCAAUAAACCCUCAUCUGAACCCUUGGAUCUUGGAACUGGCUUGAACGCUGCCGAUCGCAAGUUUGUUCAAGAUCUUGCAGACUCCCUCCACAUUGAGUGGAGCACUAAGGAGGAUGACGAAGGCCAUCGCCAUCUCCUUUUGUCAUUCCCCAAAGGCGCAGAGAAUGUCAAUGAAGAAGAGGAGGAGGGUACUCUUGCACUCUACCGAGUCAUGCGCAACUAUGACAAGGCCACUGUCGUCGAUGUCAGUGCUGAGGAUGCUCAGAAACACUAUAAGGAACUUUACGAUCAAAAGUACCAGGGUUGGAAGACCAAGUACUACUUGCAGAAGUUUCCUGAAUGGGAGCCUGAGAAGUAUGAAUCCGAGCUGACAAAGCUCUGUGAGAACUACGUGCAAGGUCUUCAAUGGGUCUUGUACUACUACUACCGGGGAAUCGCCUCGUGGCCUUGGUACUACCAGUACCACUACUCCCCUCUGACCUCAGAUGUUGUGAAAGGCCUUGGAGCGGAUCUCAACUUCAAGUUGGGCCAGCCAUUCAGACCGUUCGAACAGCUCAUGGGAGUCUUGCCCGACCGAAGCAAGUCUAUUGUCCCAGACAUUUACUGGGACCUCAUGACAAACCCAAACUCGCCCAUUUACGACUUUUACCCAAGAGACUUUGAGCUCGAUAUGAAUGGAAAGCGCAUGGAGUGGGAGGCUGUUGUGAAGAUCCCCUUCAUUGACGAGAAGCGCUUGCUCAGUGCGAUGGAACCCAAGAACAAGCUUCUCAGCAAGGACCAGAAGGAGAGAAACGGCUUUGGCGUCGCUCUCAAGUUCACCUACAACCCCGAUGUCUCCAUCACCUACCCCUCAUCUCUGGUUGGUGUUUUCCCCGACAUUACUCCUUGCCACUGUGUGGAAAAUAUUUUCGAGCUCCCCAACACCGAGGGCCUCAACUUCCGUAAUGGCCUUGUCGAUGGUGUCAAAAUCAACAUUGAGGCACUGGCAGGAUUCCCGACGCUGCAUACGUUGCCUUACACGGCAUCGCUGAUUGAGGGCUUUGGUGUCAACGUAUUUCAGGCGGACAGCAAGAACCCCAGUCAGAUCGUUACCCUGACCGAGUCCGAGAUUAGGACGAGAGCCCAGGUCGCCGCAGGAAAACUAGGCAAGCGAUGCUUUGUUGGAUAUCCUUUCUUACAGGAGGCAAAGGUUGUCAAGGUCACCGAUGAGCUUUUCGACUAUGAGCUCGACCAAAACGGUGCAGUCGCCCAGAAGCACCUCGGACCAAAAGACAUGAGCUUCUUCGCCAAAGAGUCCCGCUACAUAGAGGAAUGGCACUCCAAACGUCUGGGCAUCGUCAUUGGUGACGUCGAGUCGCUAGUGCAUGUCCAUAUGCUUAAGGGACUGAUCAAGACCGAGGAAGGUGCCUUGAUCAAGGAAUACGCCUUGAACCCCAGCAUGAGAAGCGUCUAUGCUUCUCAGACCAUUGUUGACGAAGUCGUCAACGAGGACCAGCGUUUUAUUGAGAAGGCUGCUGUCCCUAUCGAGGAGGAGUACCCCAUCGGCACCCAGGCUUUCUUCUUGGGCGAGUACAACUAUGGACGAGCUCUCGAGGUCACUGGCCACGCCAACAACAAGGCCAAUAUCCGCGUCCUUGUCCUGAAGAACAAGGAACCCGAAUUUGCCAAACCCAUCAUCCAAGAAAUGAAGCGCCAGAAUCGAUACACCCCUUCAUAUGCGGUCGCAAAGAUGCUUGGCCUCCAUCCCUUGAUUCUCAGCAAGAUCCUGUCUUCCUAUCAAGUCAACACCGUCGGUGGCCUCCGCGUCAACCUCGGUCUCAACUUAAAGUUUGAUGCGAAGAAGCAGAAGGUGCUCGGCUACUCUCAAAAGUCGGACUCUGGCUGGGAGUUCAGCAACGCCGCUAUCGAGCUAUUGGCCAGAUACAUUGCUGCUUUCCCGGAUUUCUUCGCCGCCAUCCAGCAGAAUCCUCAGGCUAGUGACGUGAGCGAUACCGAUCUCUGGAAGGACCCCAAAGUGGGCUCUCAGCGAGUGAAGGAAAUUGGAGCCUGGCUCAAGGAGGCGCAGACCCGCAACUUUGAGAGAGUACCCUUGGAGGCCGAGCAGCUCGACUCGGUCGUGGUCAUGAAGCUUGCUGAGGCCGGUGCGCAGGCCUUCACCCAGUCGCACGAGGUCGAGGUCAAGAAUAUGAAGGGUGUUCCUCGCUCAGCCAUCAUGAAGCCUAGCGAUGCCGAGCUCUUCCUGAGCGGCCAGAAGUUUGCCCUUGGCGACCGAGUCAGCUUCCUGUCUUCUUCUGGCAAGGUGCCUCUCGGCAGCCGAGGUACUGUCGUCGGCCUCAGCAGGACUGCCAACAACCUCCUCUUGGACGUUGUCUGGGACUUGACCUUCAUGAGUGGCACGACGUUGGGUGAAAGAGCCCCGCCUUUCCGGGGUAUGACGGUCGCCUCCUCUUCAGUGCUGAACACCACGUUCAAGCAGGUUGUUUCUGGCUCGAAGGCUGGAUUGCAGCGCAAGCCAGCCACAGCCCCGGCGUCGCUCACCACUGUGGCAACGGGUGUUCCUCAAUACAGGGAUGCGCCUGCCCCCGACCGUGGUGCUUGGCGUGGUAGUGCCAACGGCGGCCAGGGUCAGCCUGGCCGCGGCCGCGGCCGUGGAGGCGGUCCGAACUUGCUCCACAGUACCCUUGUCUACAGACCUCAUCAAAACGGUCAAAAUGGUGCCGAGGAGAACCACGAAGCCAACGGACAAGGCCAGCGUGGCGGAGGCUUCAGAGGCAGAGGCCGCGGCCGCGGUGGACCGAUUCAACACCCCGGCUACUCUGGUCUUCACGAGCAGCCGGCUCAGCAACCAAUGUACGGCAACGUGCCGCCUCCAGCCAACCUCGACGCUCGUGGCAGAGGUCGUGGCCGCGGUGCCCGCGGUGGACGCGGCAGAGGAGGCCCUCGCGGCCGUGGUGCGAACGGGACAACGAAUGGAGCGACUGCUGAUGCGGCUCAAUCCUAA